AUGAACAUGGAUAGAUCUUUCACUUUAAGUGACGAUGAAAGUAUCAGUGAAUUUGAAAAAUUAGAAUCUACAUUACCUGAUUCCUUAAAAAGGUCAUCAUCAUCUUUAAUUGACUUGUUAGCCAAUAAUGAAAAUAUUUCAACUAGUAGUUUAGUUGGAAACCCUGGACCUGGUAGAAAUCGUGAACCUUUAAGAAACCAUUUAUAUUCAAAAUUAUCAAGAUCAGAAAAUGGUAGAGAAUCUUCACCAAUUCCAUUACCUAAACCUAAGUUUAAUGAAAAUAUUCAUAAACCUGCUAUGAAUGAUAAACAAUCAUCCACAGGGGUGUUAUGGGUCACAGAGAGAGCCAAUGAGUAUGGAUUUGGACAAAGUGAAGAAGGAGAUGCAGCCUGGGCCAAUUUAGGUCAAGGAUCUCCUGAACAUGGAGAUACUAUUCCUAAUUCUUUCCCCAGACCUCAAACUAUUCCAAUUCCUGAUAAGUCCAAAGGUUAUGCUCCAACUGCAGGUAUUAGAGAGUUAAGAGAAGCUGUUGCCAAUUACUAUAAUGAAACCUAUAGAACGCUGAAAUCUUCUAAAUAUACCUGGAAAAACGUAUGUAUCGUUCCUGGAGGAAGAGCCGGUUUAACUAGAAUUGCUUCUAUUAUCAAAGAUUGUUAUUUAUCUUUCUUUUUACCUGAUUAUACUGCAUAUGCUGAAAUGUUAUCACUUUUCAAGAACUUUAGUCCAAUACCUGUUCCUCUUAAUGAAAAUGACCAUUAUCAAUUCCAUCUCAAUUUAAUUAAAACCGAAUUGAAAAAGGGAGUAAGUGCUUUAUUAACAUCUAAUCCAAGAAAUCCAACAGGUAAAUGUUUAACUAAGUUACAAUUGUAUCAAUUACAUAAAUUAUGUAGAGAGAAAUGUUUAUUGAUAAUGGAUGAAUUUUAUUCCCAUUAUUAUUAUGAUGACAAUUGUUCCGGUUCAUCUAUAAGUUCAGCUGAAUUCAUUGAAGAUGUCAAUUCUGACCCAGUUUUGAUUUUGAAUGGGUUAACUAAAGCUUUCAGAUUACCUGGAUGGAGAAUUUGUUGGAUUUUAGGUCCUGAAGAUUAUAUAAAUGCUUUAAGUUCCGCUGGUUCUUAUUUGGAUGGUGGUUCUAAUAGUCCAUUCCAAUAUGCUGCUAUUGAUUUCUUGAAACCUUUGAAUGUGAAAAAUGAAAUGAAGGCUUUACAAUUACACUUUAAAAUGAAAAGAGAUUAUAUCAUAGGCAGAUUAACUAAAAUGGGGUGGUCUUUCAAUGAAUCAAAUACCCCCAAUUCCACCUUUUAUUUAUGGUUAAACUUAUCCCACUUACCAGGAAAAUUAUCUAAUUGUUUAGGUUUCUUCCAUGAAUGUUUACAUUCCAAAGUUAUUGUUGUUCCUGGAUUCUUCUUCUUGAUUAAUCCCCAAAACUUAUCCAACUUGGAAGACGUUAUUUGGUAUAAUUAUGUUAGACUUAGUUAUGGACCUGAAUUACACCAAUUAGAGUUAGGUAUGGAUGGUAUUGAACAAGUUUUGAACAGAUUCGGUUGUUUACCUUAUAGUCUUAAAUAA